GCGUGAUCUUGGGCGUGACGCAGGAGGUGGGCGUGUCUCACGUUUGCCCUCCCACAGUCCUUUGCGACGUCCUUCACUGUCAUGGCGUCCCAAGGUAGCACUCUCCAUAGCAAGGUGGCCAAACUUCUGAGUCGGCGGAAUGGAAAGCCCGUAUUGAAACCUAACCGGCCCCUGGUGCUGGCGGACAGGGUGGCCAACCGGAAGCCGGACAUGGGAGGUGGGUAACUAUAAACAUGGCCGAGUUUGCCAUAAGCACACAGGUUUGUAAUGUUUAAACAGCAGCUCCCUCCCCCUCCCUCCCCCACUAUAGACCCUGUCCGCCGCCCCCACUAUAGACCCUCCGCCCCCCACUAUAGACCCUGUCCGCCCCCCACUAUGUCCGUAGACCCUGUCCGCCCCCACUAUAGACCCUGUCCGCCCCCCCACUAUAGACCCUGUCCGCCCCCCACUAUAGACCCUGUCCGCCCCCACUAUAGACCCUGUCCGCCCCUCCCCACUAUAGACCCUGUCCGCCCCCACUAUAGACCCUGUCCGCCCCCCACUAUAGACCCUGUCCGCCCCCCACUAUAGACCCUGUCCGCCCCCCACUAUAGACCCUGUCCGCCCCUCCCCCACUAUAGACCCUGUCCGCCCCCACUAUAGACCCUGUCCGCCCCUCCCCACUGUAGACCCCGUCCGCCCCCCCCACUGUAGACCCUGUCCGCCCCCACUGUAGACCCCGCCGCCCCCUCCCCCCCCCACUGUAAACCCCACAAGAGGCACUUCAAUGUGAUGUUGCAGGAGGCAGAGGACCAGAAGAGCAGAGGGAGUAAAAUACACUACAUUUCUUUAACACAGUUUAGAGCAGGCUUCCCCAAACUCCGGCCCUCCAGAUGUUCCUGAACUACAACUCCCAUGAUUCUCAGCCUAUCUGUUUCAUAGAAUCAUGGGAGUUGUAGUUCAGCAACAUCUGGAGGGCCGGAGUUUUGGGAAACCUGCUCUAAACUGUGUUAAAGAAAUGUAGUGUUGGGUAUACAACCCCCACACUAAGUUGCUUGCAACAUCACAUUGCAGUGCUUCUUGUGGCUGUCAGUAUGAUUGCGAGUAAAGACAUGUUUAACUUUUCAAGGUAAACAUUGUCCUUUCUGCAAAUGACAAAGUUUUGCCAUUUUGUUGAGAUGAACUGGUCUGGAAGACUUUAGUGGUCUUUUUAAACAGUGAACAGACUGAUGUAAAUAUCAGUAUAAGCAAAAGACACUCUUAAAGGGACUCUGCAGUGCCAGGAAAACAAACUGUUUGCCUGGCACUGCAGGUUCCCUUCUCCCCCCCCCCAAUCCCAGGUUGCUGAAGGGGUUAAAACCCCUUCAGUGACUUACCUGUACCCAGCAGCCAAUGUCUCUCGACGCUGGAUCAGGGUCCGCCCAUGCUCCUACCCCGCUGACGUCAUCUGGCAGGGGGAGACUUAAUGUGCAUGCAUAGGAAAGCAUUAUUCAAUGCUUUCCUAUGGGGAUUUCAGCAACAUUGGAGGUCCUCACAUAACAUGAGGACGUCCAGCGUCAUUAUAGCACACGUUUCGUGUGCUGUGAACCCGGAAGUGACCUCUAGUGGCUGUCUAGUAGGCCCUCUAGGCUUGACAAAGCCUAGUAGACAGGCACUAGAGGAGGACUUAACCCUGCAAGGUAAAUAUUGCAGUUUAUGAAAACUGUAAUUACACUUGCAGGGUUAAGGGUAGUGGGAGUUGGCACCCAGACCACUCCAAUGGGCAGAAGUGGUCUAGGUGCCUGGAGUGUCCCUUUUAAUGUAAGGUGUGGUGUGCAUAUUUUUUUUUUUCCUUCCGAUAGAUUUUUAAAUUGUUUAUGUAAUGUAUAAAAAAGGUUGCAUUUGUAAAUAGACAAUCCCUCUUUUAAUUUAGAGAACAGUUAAAAUAGUGUUCUUUAUUUUGCAGAGGCAAGUUGCAUAACUGAAAUGUCUGUAAUGAUGGCUUGUUGGAAACAGAAUACGUUCAACGAUGCUCUUUGUUCCAAAGAAAUUGGUGCUUUCUUUAACUGUGUGAAAAAAGCAGAGGUAACACUUAUUUUAGAAACACGGUGUACAAAUUAAAUUUUACUCUCUAUAAAGUGACGGUGUCUUUUUUGCACAGCAGAAACAUAAUCAUAUAUAGUUGUAUUCUUCAAAGAAUUGCAUGUUAGAAUAAAUAGGACUGGGACAGUGUACCCAGACCACUUCAAUGAGCUGUCCUAUAGCCUGUCCAUGCAGUCUUUUCAGUGUAAACACAGUCUUUUCUGAGAUGGGCGGUAAACUAAACACUGUCUCACACACUCACAAAUGAUUUGUUUUAAUUCAAUUUACGUCUACCCAACCUCUAUAUCUUUUGGGAGGGCUAGAGUGGAUCCUUUCUAUGGGGUCCAGUGUGGCUUCUGUCCUCUUUAAGCUGCUCUUGCUCUGUUCCCAUGCGCAUAGUUUUGUGGUUCCGGGGCCGGAGUGACGAGGCUUGUGCGAUGGAGCAGAGUGCGAAGAUUACAGCUCCCUCAGUCGCCUGCCUCGGCUGAAAAGCCCAGCCUUAUAGAAAUGAGUGGGUCCUGGUGUGUUCAGUACUGCUGAAAAGGUUUUCAAAGAAGUUAAUGGAACCAUUUCUUCUGUAUUACAUAUUUUAGCGGUUUCCUUAUAUUAUAAUUAAAGCACUGCACAAAUUCUAGUCAAAGCCAUAUUUAACCAGGAUCUUUUCUAUAGAGUAACUGGAUUAUUUAUAAAAUGUGAAUUUCAAUUGUUGGGCCAUGAUAGUUGAAGUGAAAAUAUAGUUAACUUCUGCUAUUUUGGUAUAAAAUGCUACUUUGGAUUCCUGACAAUUCAUUUUUUUAUUAAUAUAUAUAUAUUCGUCAGCCACGUCCUACCUCUUUGGCCGAGAUCAUAAAUGUUGAUGAUAUCAUUCAAUCCAAUGCUUCUCCAUAGGAAAUAAUUGGGAGGUUAGUGAGCAUGUGUGACAAAAUUCAGCGCUGCUCCAAUCAGAUGGUCUCCAGAGACCGUUUGACUAAAAAAAUUAAAACAUUUAUUUUUUGUACGGAUGCGCAUUUCCUAGCUGUUAUAUUGAAAGCCAUUAUGGGAGGAGGGCUUGACAAAGCCUUGGAUUUGUGAGCGUGUUAAGCCCCAGAGGUGCCUGGCUGCCUGAGAGCGGCGACUGGGGGCUACUGGAUGCCAGGGAAAGCUGAUCCACUCUAGUUCUCCCAAGCAUGUUGCAGUAUCUUGACUAUCUCAGCCAAACCCCAUAGGAAAGCAUUGGGAGACUAUUGCGCAUGUGCUGCAAAACAUCAUGCUGCGCAAUCAAUCUAUCCUCCUAGAGAUGCAUUCAUUCAAUGCAUCCCUAUGGAGAGCAUUAAGUUAGGUGCUGCACACUACAGCAGUUACCCAGGAAGCACCCCUAGAAGCUGUCUGAGUGACUGUCACUGGUACUUGGCAGCAAUGUAAAUACUGCCUUUUGUCUGAAAAGUCAUUGUUUACAUUGAAAAGCAGCAGGAUAUAGAUUUCAGAACAACUAAGCUGUAGUGGUUCUGGUUCCUAACUUUUUUAGCUGGCUCCGAGAUUCCAAGGACAUUUGUCAAGCCAUGCAUUAGAGGCAACUUAACCCUACAAUAUAGACCCUUCCAUUCCUGUGGGACAUGAUACGAUUGUGAGUUAAAGGAAUUCUCCAAACACCUAAAGCAAUUUAGCUUGCUGAAGUGAUUUUAUGUGCGAAGAGGGUGUGGGUUUUUUUUUUUUUUUUCAGAUUACAAAAAGUGCAAAUUUCAAUAUGCACUUUUUUUUUAUAAAUUAAGAUUUUUAAAUUUCCUUGCUGUCCUUGCAAUCAGACAACAGGUCCUGUUACUUCCUGGUUGUUUAGCUCAGUGAGGCUAAACUCAAAUGGAAGACUGUUGCUCAGCUCAGAGCACCUUGCAAAAGCUUCACAAUGAGCUUCUUUGGAAGUCUGUGAUUGGACAGCCACAGAAAGUCUGGUCUGGGGAAGGCUGCGGACAAGAGCUUUGCAGCUUUUGCAAGCUGUUUUUAGAUAUGCCUCCCCCCCCCCCAAAAAAAAUGCAUGUUUUCAAUGGGGGUGUAUUCUCUACACAUUACCCCCUUCCUUCUAUGUUAAUAUGUUUUUUACUUUAUGUAGUUGAUAUUUUAUGUUCUGUUUAACCCAUUUUCGUUGCAUUGUAGUUGCCUAUAUCUCUAUUCACGUGAUAACCAGUUAUGUUGUAAAAUAAACUUGGUGAUCCGUUCUAUUGUAUAUAACAUGCACUUAAUCUACUGUUAACAACUUCUUUAGGUUCUGCCAACUAUUGUAUUUAUAUCUAUGGGCAUUGUGGUGGGGAAGGCAAAGUUGCUCCGUAAGCUGUUUCUUGGGGCCUGACUUUCUGUUUUAAUCAAUAAGAACCAAAUUAACGGGCAAUGCUGGGUCCUGGGCAUAGUUGGCUAUUCAGAACCACUUAUCUAUAGUGUGCAGGAAAUGGGUUAAAACGCAUAAAGUUCUACCAAACCUUUCUAUUCAGAUAAACAGAAUAUUUAAAAUAUGCAUCAUAUACUAGUCUUGGCAAGUAAAUAUUUUUUAGUUCUAUUCCGCAAAUAAUUUGUCUUUUUUAUUUUAAUCUUUGUGCAGGCUAAUAGAAAGUCUGGACUUAACCAAGAACUACAAACCGGAAGACUACCACCGAAACAGCUAAACCAAUUACUGAAGCGGUUUCCAAACAAAAGCCAUGAGAUCUAGAUAUUUUACUUGUAGCUUCAGUUGACUUUUCAUUCUUUAAAGAAAGACUAUUUAAUGCGCCUUUUUAACAGUAAUCACCAUGUUUAAGGACGCUUGCCACAAGUGGGACGAUAAGUGUUUGCAACUUCAGUGGACCUGUUUUUUUUUUAUUUUUUUGCCAUUUAUUUUCAGCAGGGCCUGUUCUUAUAUCAGGCAUGUAAUAAACACCAUGAAAAAGACUCUUGCUUUCAGUAAAAAAAAAAAAAAAACACACAGACAAAAAACAACAAAUCACGCUUGUUUAUUUAUUUAUUUUUAG